UCAGUCGGUUGUUGUCGCCGUAGACCUAUGUAUGUAUAAAUACUGCUACUACACUGUAAAAAUCACGACUACUCCAGUGACUUGAAAAAUGGAUCGAAAUAUAUACAAUAUCACCAUCGUCACCAACAGCAACGCUAACACAUCUGGUCCCAGUACAACAUUGGAAAGUACAGUGGGAAAAGAUAAAUUGUGUCUUCUAGUUAAGAGCUAUAGGUGCCUUUAUGAUCCGAACGAUCCUUCUUUCAACAGUAAUAGAGAGAAGAUGAACGCUUGGGAGAGUAUCGCUAAUAAUCUGGGAAAGUCAGUAUCUGAGUGCAAGGAGUCCUGGAAAACUAUACGAACUGGCUAUAAAAGAUACAUCGAAAAAUGCAAAGCCAAUCCAAAUAUCCAACCUUACUAUUUGGCUGAGCAUCUAACAUUUCUAGAACCAUUCCUAAGAAGAGAAGCUACAAAAGGAGAAGUACUAGUCAAUAAAAAUAUCCAAACAUGGCGCAAGCGUAAGCACUUAACCAGUACCACUGCGAUUACAAAUACGAAUGUAAAGACUAAGGGCUCAAUCAAGGACUACUUCUUUAUAUCGCCAAAGCGCUCAUGUUUAGGGAAUACUGAAAUAGUAAACAACAAUAAAGAGUCAGCAGCAGCAACAGUAACUCGUUCAGAAGCAACAGAGCCACGAGCAGCAACAACAUUAGAAGCAGCAGCUAUAGCAACAACAGAGGCAACUCAGCACCAAUUUAUAGUCAACCAUGACAAUGUUAACAACAAUGAGCAGGACAAUUUUAUGCCGAUUUCAGACGAAGAAUGGGCAGUAGCACAACGUAAAUGUCCGGUAAACAUUUGCUAA